CCGUCUGCACCCCUCGACCCUAGAGGCCGACCCGCGGGCGCGCCAUGGCCACGCUGCCGAGCGCAGAGCGCCGCGCGUUCGUGCUCAAGAUCAACAGGUAUUCUUCAGCGGAAAUAAGGAAACAGUUUACUCUCCCACCAAACCUUGGCCAGUACCAUCGACAAAGCAUAAGCACCUCUGCUGGCUUCCCCUCUCUCCAACUACCUCAGUUUUAUGACCCAGUGGAGCCGGUGGACUUCGAAGGACUUCUGAUGACACACCUGAACAACCUGGAUGUGGAGCUGGCCCAGGAGCUGGGAGACUUCACGGAAGACAACUUGGACGUGGUGUUCACGCCAAAGGAAUGUCGGACUUUGCAGCCCUCUUUGCCGGAGGAAGGGGUUGAACUGGACCCUCAUGUCAAGGACUGUGUUCAGACCUAUAUUCGGGAGUGGCUAAUUUUAAACCAGAAACACGUGGGAGCAGUGUUGAGACCUCCCAGAUUGUUUAGUUCUCAUUUGAGAUCCACAGUCUCUCUCACAAGGAUGUGUCUUUUCUCACAGUCAGGCCCCCGCCCCUUAAAGGUGCUGUGUGAUGUGUCUGGGAAAGGCCCGCUCACUGCUUGUGACUUCAACCUGCGCAGCCUGCAGCCUGACCAGCGGCUGGAAAACCUCCUGCAGCAUGUCAGUGCUGAGGACUUUGAGAAGCAGAACGAGGAGGCCCGGAGGACCAACCGGCAGGCCGAGCUCUUUGCCCUUUACCCAUCGGUGGACGAGGAGGAUGCUGUGGAAAUACGUCCGGUGCCAGAAUGUCCUAAGGAACAUCUGGGCAACAGAAUAUGGGUCAAGUUGCUGACCCUAAAGUUUGAGAUAGAAAUUGAGCCUCUGUUUGCAAGCAUUGCUCUCUACGAUGUUAAAGAAAGGAAAAAGAUAUCAGAAAAUUUUCACUGUGACCUGAACUCUGACCAGUUCAAAGGAUUUCUCCGUGCCCACACGCCCUCUGUUGCCCCAUCGAGUCAGGCAAGAUCUGCGGUGUUCUCCGUCACCUAUCCAUCCUCAGACAUCUACCUAGUAGUCAAGAUUGAAAAAGUCCUUCAGCAGGGAGAGAUUGGAGACUGUGCGGAACCCUACAUGGUUAUCAAAGAAAGUGAUGGUGGAAAGAGUAAAGACAAGAUUGAAAAACUGAAACUUCAAGCGGAAUCUUUCUGCCAGCGUUUGGGGAAAUACCGGAUGCCCUUUGCCUGGGCUCCUAUAAGCUUAGCAAGCUUCUUCAAUGUCUCCACCCUGGAGAGGGAGGUAACCGAUGCAGAGUCCGUGGUUGGAAGAGGCUCUGUGGGUGAGCGGAGAACCUUAUCCCAAUCUAGAAGGCUUUCGGAAAGAGCCCUCUCCUUGGAGGAAAAUGGGGUCGGAUCCAACUUCAAGACCACCAGCAUGACCAUUAACAGCUUCUUCAAGCAGGAGGGAGAUCGACUCAGUGAUGAAGACUUAUUCAAGUUUUUAGCAGACUACAAAAGAUCUUCUUCCUUACAGAGAAGAGUCAAGUCCAUUCCAGGCUUGCUCAGACUGGAGAUUUCUCUGGCUCCAGAGAUAAUCAAUUGUUGUCUGACUCCUGAACUACUGCCAGUGAAACCCUUUUCUGAAAACCGGACACGUCCACACAAAGAGAUUUUGGAAUUUCCAGUCCGGGAAGUGUAUGUCCCUCAUACUGUGUACAGAAACCUUCUCUAUGUCUACCCACAGAGGCUGAACUUCACUAACAAGCUAACAUCUGCCCGGAACAUUACAAUCAAGAUCCAGUUCAUGUGUGGAGAGGAUCCGAGCAACGCUAUGCCGGUCAUCUUUGGAAAAUCCAAUGGGCCUGAAUUUCUGCAGGAAGUGUACACAGCUGUCACAUACCAUAAUAAGUCUCCAGACUUCUAUGAAGAAGUGAAAAUUAAGCUCCCUGCUAAGCUCACAGUAAAUCACCACCUCCUGUUCACCUUCUAUCAUAUCAGCUGUCAGCAGAAGCAAGGAGCCUCCAUAGAAAGUCUCCUGGGAUAUUCAUGGCUGCCAAUUCUCUUAAAUGAACGUCUUCAAACUGGAUCCUACUGUCUCCCAGUUGCCUUGGAAAAGCUGCCACCCAACUACUCCAUGCAUUCUGCAGAGAAAGUCCCUUUACAGAAUCCUCCUAUUAAGUGGGCUGAAGGACAUAAGGGAGUAUUUAAUAUUGAAGUGCAAGCUGUUUCUUCCGUUCACACCCAGGACAACCACCUGGAGAAGUUCUUCACUCUCUGCCACUCCUUGGAGAGCCAGGUGACCUUCCCCAUCCGCGUGCUGGACCAGAAGAUCAGUGAGACGACGCUGGAGCAUGAGCUGAAGCUCAGCAUCAUCUGGCUCAACUCCUCCCGCCUGGAGCCCCUCGUGCUCUUCCUGCACCUGGUGCUGGACAAGCUCUUCCAGCUGUCCGUGCAGCCCAUGGUCAUCGCCGGCCAGACAGCCAACUUCUCCCAGUUUGCCUUUGAGUCCGUGGUGGCCAUCGCCAACAGUCUGCACAACAGCAAGGACCUGAGCAAAGACCAGCACGGGAGGAACUGCCUGCUGGCCUCCUACGUGCACUACGUCUUCCGCCUGCCUGAGCUGCAGAAGGACCUGCCCAAGUCAGGCGGCCCCACUGCUCUCCCGGACCCUCGCUACCACACGUAUGGACGUACUUCUGCGGCUGCCGUGAGCUCGAAGCUGCUGCAGGCCCGGGUGAUGAGCAGCAGUAACCCGGACCUCACCGGGACACACUCUGCCGCUGAUGAGGAAGUGAAGAACAUCAUGUCCUCAAAGAUUGCUGAUCGCAACUGCAACCGGAUGUCUUACUAUAGCUCUGGCAAUAAUGAUGUUCCGAGUGCAACCGGAGCCCCAAGGCCAACCAGCAAAAAGCACUAUAACGAAGGUCUAUUGUUAGUGAGCUUUUCUUCCAGCCUUUUCCCCUUUUCCACAGUGUACAAGCAGGUCACCAAUUUCCAUGUUGACAUUUCCCCCAUCCCUCUAUAGGUGAAAAGCAUGGCCCAGUAUGUACACAACAUGGACAAACAGGACAAUUUUCGGAGGACUCGUUUUUCCGACCGUUUCAAAGAUGACAUAACUACCAUUGUUAAUGUGGUCACCUCGGAGAUUGCAGCCCUUUUAGUAAAGCCUCAGAAGGAAACCGAACAGGCAGAGAAGAUCAACAUCAGCCUGGCUUUCUUCUUGUAUGACCUUCUCUCACUUAUGGAUCGUAGCUUUGUGUUUAACCUCAUCAAACACUAUUGCAACCAGCUGUCAGCCAAGCUGAACAACCUCGCGACGCUCAUCUCCCUGAGGCUAGAGUUCCUGAGAAUCCUCUGCAGCCAUGAACAUUACCUCAACCUGAACCUCUUCUUUAUGAGCGCGGACACUGCUCCGGCAUCUCCCUGCCCCUCCAUAUCUUCCCAGAACUCGAGCUCCUGCUCCAGUUUCCAGGACCAGAAGAUCGCCAACAUGUUCGACCUGACUCCUGAGUUCCGCCAGCAGCACUUCCUCACCGGCCUUCUCUUCACGGAACUGGCUGCUGCGCUGGAUGCCGAAGGGGAAGGGAUCAGCAAAGUGCAAAGGAAAGCUGUCAGCGCCAUUCACAGCCUGUUAAGUUCUCACGACCUUGACCCGCGCUGUGUCAAACCAGAAGUGAAGGUCAAAGUCGCUGCCCUUUACUUGCCUUUGGUUGGCAUCAUCUUGGAUGCUUUGCCACAGCUCUAUGACUUUACAGCUGCAGAUGCCCGUAGUGGAAAAAACCGCACCAGUGGUUCGGAUGAAGAACAAGAUGGGACCAGUGGAAUUAACCAGAAUGUGGCCCUGGCCAUAGCUGGGAAUCACUUUAAUUUGAAGACAAAUGGACCCAUGCUGUCUUCCUUGCCCUACAAGCAGUACAACGUGCUGAAUGCCGACACAACCCGAAACCUCAUGAUCUGCUUCCUCUGGAUCAUGAAAAAUGCAGACCAGAGCCUCAUUAGGAAGUGGAUUGCUGACCUGCCCUCCAUGCAGCUCAACAGGAUUUUAGAUCUCCUUUUCAUCUGUGUCUCGUGUUUUGAGUACAAGGGAAAGCCGAGUUCUGACAAAGUCAGUACCCAAGUCCUGCAGAAGUCGAGGGAUGUCAAGGCCAGGCUGGAAGAGGCUUUGCUCCGCGGGGAAGGGGCCAGAGGGGAGAUGAUGCGGCGCCGGGUCCCAGGGAAUGACCGAUUUUCAUGCCUAAAUGAAAAUUUGAGAUGGAAGAAGGAGCAGACACAUUGGCGGCAAGCUAAUGAGAAGCUAGAUAAAACAAAGGCAGAGUUAGAUCAAGAAGCCUUGAUCAGUGGCAAUCUAGCGACAGAAGCAAAUUUAAUCAUCCUGGACAUGCAGGAAAACAUUAUCCAGGCAAGCUCGGCUCUGGACUGCAAAGACAGCCUGCUGGGAGGUGUUCUAAGGGUUCUGGUGAAUUCUCUGAGCUGUGAUCAGAGCACCACCUACCUGACUCACUGCUUUGCAACACUCCGUGCUCUCAUUGCCAAGUUCGGCGACUUGCUGUUUGAGGAGGAGGUGGAGCAGUGUGCGGACCUGUGUCAGCGAGUGCUGCAUCACUGCAGCAGCAGCAUGGACGUCACCCGGAGCCAAGCCUGUGCCACCCUCUACCUUCUCAUGAGAUUCAGUUUUGGAGCCAUCAGUAACUUUGCAAGAGUAAAGAUGCAGGUAACCAUGUCUCUGGCAUCUUUGGUGGGCAAAGCACAAGACUUUAAUGAGGAGCACCUGAGAAAAUCCUUGAGGACAAUUUUGGCCUAUGCAGAAGAGGACAAAGCCAUGCAGACCACUCUUUUCCCCACCCAGGUUGAGGAACUUCUCUGCAAUCUGAAUAGCAUCCUAUAUGACACAGUGAAAAUGAGGGAAUUUCAGGAAGAUCCUGAAAUGCUUAUGGAUCUCAUGUACAGAAUUGCCAAGAGUUACCAGACAUCUCCCGACCUGCGGCUGACCUGGCUCCAGAAUAUGGCAGAGAAACACUCCAAGAAGAAGUGCUACACGGAGGCCGCCAUGUGCCUUGUGCACGCAGCUGCCUUGGUGGCGGAAUAUCUGAGCAUGCUAGAGGACCACAGCUACCUGCCCGUGGGCAGCGUCAGCUUUCAGAAUAUUUCUUCCAAUGUGCUGGAGGAAUCUGCAGUCUCUGAAGAUACCCUGUCGCCGGAUGAGGAUGGAGUGUGCUCAGGCCGCUACUUCACCGAGAGCGGCCUGGUGGGCCUCCUGGAACAGGCAGCCGAGCUGUUCAGCACGGGAGGAUUGUAUGAGACAGUGAAUGAGGUGUACAAACUGGUCAUCCCCAUCCUGGAAGCGCAUCGAGACUUCCGGAAGCUGACCUGCACUCAUGACAAGCUGCAGAAGGCCUUUGACAGCAUCAUUAGCAAGGGUCACAAGAGGAUGUUUGGGACCUACUUCCGAGUUGGUUUCUAUGGAUCCAAAUUUGGGGAUUUGGAUGAGCAAGAAUUUGUUUACAAAGAGCCUGCAAUUACCAAGCUUCCUGAGAUCUCUCAUAGACUGGAGGUAAGAAAAGCCUACAUACAGAUCACUUUUGUGGAGCCUUACUUUGAUGAGUAUGAGAUGAAAGACAGGGUAACCUACUUUGAGAAGAAUUUCAACCUGCGGAGGUUCAUGUACACCACCCCCUUCACCCUGGAGGGGCGGCCGCGGGGAGAGCUGCACGAGCAGUACCGGCGGAAUACCGUGCUGACCACCAUGCACGCCUUCCCCUACAUCAAGACCCGCAUCAGCGUCAUCCAGAAGGAGGAGUUUGUUUUGACACCAAUCGAAGUUGCCAUUGAAGAUAUGAAGAAGAAGACCCUGCAGCUGGCAGUUGCCAUUCACCAAGAGCCCCCCGACGCCAAGAUGCUUCAGAUGGUGCUGCAGGGCUCCGUCGGAGCUACCGUGAAUCAGGGACCACUGGAAGUAGCCCAAGUGUUUUUGGCCGAAAUUCCAGCUGACCCAAAACUCUAUCGACAUCACAACAAGUUGAGAUUAUGCUUUAAGGAAUUCAUCAUGCGAUGUGGUGAGGCCGUGGAGAAAAACAAGCGUCUCAUCACAGCUGACCAGAGGGAAUAUCAUCAGGAACUCAAAAAGAACUACAAUAAGCUGAAAGAAAACCUCAGGCCCAUGAUCGAGCGGAAAAUUCCAGAUCUCUACAAGCCGAUAUUCAGAGUUGAAAGUCAAAAGAGAGACUCCUUCCACAGAUCUAGUUUCAGGAAAUGUGAAACCCAGUUGUCACAAGGCAGCUAAGAAAAGCUGUCUACACCUGCGGAGACUGAGGCUCUGCGACCCCAGAGAAGGACUCACCGGUACUGAAACCACUGGACAUUGGCCACGCAGGACAGACUCAUGCUCCCUGGCCAGGCAGCACUCUAGAAGAUUUGAGAUCCAAGUGACCCCGUGGGGUAUUUUGUCCAUUUAGGAGGGGGGAUGAGGGUAGCUGAGGGUGUUUAGUCAGAAUUCCUGUGUAUUUAUUAAAGAAUCGUUUUCCACAGUGCUGAACAAAACAAGACAUAAACACGUCUCCUGCUGAGUGGUCAGUUACUGUCUACCGGAAGGUGACUUCCUCUGGCCCUUAUUAGGAUUUACAGGAUCAAAUUUCCCAAGGGAAAAUGGGAAAGUUGCCCACCAGCCUGUUCAGAGUGAACCUCAUUCACCCCCUCUUUAUGGGAAAGGAGGGUGAGCGUGCAGGGGUGCAAACUGUGUUCAACAAAUCCUGGGAGGGCCUUAAGGAUCUAAGAACCAUGAUGGUUGGAAACUUGGGGACAGAUUAUUUGUGACCUCGUUACCCUUUUGGUAGCGGUGAACUAUUGUUAUACAGUUGUUUUUGCUUUAUUGUUACUGGUAAAUUAAUUUAACCUGUGUAUCUAGAGGAACACACUCGCACUGAUUUAGGAGAUACAUGGUCCUCUGAGCGGCAUUCCCUUAAAUUGAAACCAUUUUCCUGGUGCUUUGCAUUUUUUCUUAUGCUCCACCUUGCCCACUCUUUCUCUCCUCCCUAGUGGGACCAAGUUUAUCUUUAUAAAAGGGUAAUAUCUCUGCUUUCAUAUCGGCACACUGUGCUGUACGCUAGCAUAUGCAUAUCACAUACAGUCUUCUUUGACUUCUUGUGACAAUGUACUUUAGGAGAAAGAUGAACAAAAUUAUUAUUUGAGAAUUAAAUUAUAUAUUUUUAAUAUGACUGAUUACCUUGACUGGUACUAAAAAUGUACUAAGAGUUGUAAACAAAAAGUUUCCCAUUGCAAUUUGUGCUUUUUGUACUGACAACUCGUAAUGCUUUGUACAGCACUUCAGAGAAGAAGAAAUAUGGGUGACUGUGGCCUCGGCCAAUCAGUGCCGUCCAGGGUCGGACCGCUUCUGCAAUAUUUAUUCUUGGUGCUCCUGAGACAGAAUUUAAUUUGGAUAUGCCAGAACUUCUUGUUUAUAUCAUCAUGAAUUUAUAUCCGGAGAGGGACUAUUUUUUUGUUUUUAAUUACUAAAGCUUAAGUUUAAGUGACAAACUUUGUUUUUUAAGCAUUCAGGGCAGAACUCUUUUUAAACUAUAUUAUAUACUUAAUUGCUUUCUUAAAUGAAUAUACAUGAUAUAUAUUUCAUAUCAUUCCAUAUGUUGUUUAGUAUCUUCUGUGUGGGAGCUCCUGAGUGAGAUGAAGGUUAAACACCAUUAUCACUACCCUCCAAAGUGUCUCCGUUUAGUGAGGAAGAGGCUCUGUAUGCGCAUAGCCGUAACACACAGCAGUCUACAACAGGCCCAUGGAAUAUAACAUUUCCUGGGGGACUCGGGAUGGCCAUCAUUAUCAGCACCUAUUCUAUUUUGCUCUCAAACAGCAGGGUUAGGUGCUAAGUUAUAGGGGGCUGGCUUUUAAUGCUACGAGCCCUAAUAAUCCUAAUAACCUAGGAUAUUCCUGACUAAAUGUCCCUGCUUUUAGAAACCUGUUGGUAUCUUUUUUUACACAGUUGGUGCCACUUGCUGCCCAAGUGCAGGAACUGUGCCCACUGCUGCAUUGCUGUUCCCUGGCCCAGUGCUCAUCACACAGAAGAUCCUCAAUAAAUACUGGUUGAAUGACUAAGUGGA